AUGUUUCUUCGCUUGUUUCUCUUUCGCUAUUUUCUUCUCUUUUUAUUCUUUGAUCAUUUCUUCUUCAUUCCUUUCUCCUUCCUUAUUUUUCUUCGCUUGUUUCCCUUUCGCUAUUUUCUUCUUUUUUUAUUCUUUGAUCAUUUCUUCUUCAUUCGUUUCUCCUUCCUUAUUUUCUUCGCUUAUUUCUCUUUCGCUAUUUUCUUCUCUUUUUAUUCUUUGAUCAUUACUUAUUCAUUCGUUUCUCCUUCUUUAUUUUUCUUCGCUUGUUUCUCUUUCUUUAUUUUCUUCUCUUUUUAUUCUUUGAUCAUUUCUUCUUCAUUCCUUUCUCCUUCUUUAUUUUUCUUCGCUUGUUUCUCUUUCUUUAUUUUCUUCUCUUUUUAUUCUUUGAUCAUUUCCUCUUCAUUCCUUUCUCCUUCCUUAUUUUUCUUCGCUUGUUUCUCUGUCUUUAUUUUCUUCUCUUUUUAUUCUUUGAUCAUUUCUUCUUCAUUCGUUUCUCCUUCUUUAUUUUUCUUCGCUUGUUUCUCUUUCUUUAUUUUCUUCUCUUUUUAUUCUUUGAUCAUUUCUUCUUCAUUCGUUUCUCCUUCUUUAUUUUUUUCUUCCUUGUUUUCUCUUUCGCUAUUUUUCUUCUUUUUUUUGUUUGAUCAUUUUCUUCUUCAUUCGUUUCUCCUUCCUUAUUUUCUUCGCUUAUUUCUCUUUCACUAUUUUCUUCUCUUUUUAUUCUUUGAUCAUUUCUUCUUCAUUCGUUUCUCCAUCUUUAUUUUUCUUCGCUUAUUUCUCUUUCUUUAUUUUCUUCUCUUUUUAUUCUUUGAUCAUUUCUUCUUCAUUCGUUUCUCCUUCCUUAUUUUUCUUCGCUUGUUUCUCUUUCUUUAUUUUCUUCUCUUUUUAUUCUUUGAUCAUUUCUUCUUCAUUUUUCUCCUUCCUUUUUUUCUUCCUUUGUUUCUCUUUUUUAUUUUUUCUUUUUUUAUUCUUUGA